AUGGUCCAACGACUCAACAUGAAUGCUGUCAUUUUUCAGGUUCGACCUGCGGGCGACGCUCUCUAUUCGUCGACACUCGAGCCGUGGAGUAUCUACUUGACCGGUACGCAUGGUAUUGCACCAUCACCCAUAUGGGAUCCUCUCCAAUUCAUUCUGACUGAGGCACAUAAACGCAAUAUUGAAGUGCACGCUUGGAUCAAUCCAUAUCGUGCUCGAAUGAAAGGUGCAACGUAUACUCCGGCUGCGACAAAUAUGGCUAAAAGAUUUUCAAAGUAUGCCUACACGUAUGACAAUCAACUCUGGAUGGAUCCAGGAUCAAAAGACGUUCAACAAUUUGUUCUCAAGGUUGCCGAAGAUAUCGUUCGUCGAUAUCCUGUCGAUGGUCUGCAUAUUGAUGAUUAUUUUUAUCCGUACAGUGAUGGUACCGAGUUUCCUGAUUCAGCUACCUUCAGUGAUUAUCAACGACAAGGUGGAACAAUGAAUAAGGCUGAUUGGCGUCGAUCGAAUGUCAAUUUUCUAAUUGAAUCCCUAUACAAUCACACACAUGCUAUUCGACCUAAAGCUAAAUUUGGUGUAUCACCCUUUGGCAUUUGGAAAACCGGUACACCAGCAGGUAUUACCGGUCUUUCCUCGUACGAUAGUCUCUACUGUGACAGUCGUUUAUGGUUACAAAAAGGUUUUGUUGAUUAUUUAACGCCACAACUCUACUGGGCAAUUGAUCCACCUGCGCAAUCCUACAGUGCUUUACUGAACUGGUGGGUAGGACAAUCGACCAAAGGUCGUCAUAUCUAUGCAGGUAAUGCAGCCUACAGAAUGAAUCAGGCUACUGGUCCAUGGGCAGUAACUGAACUCAUUCGGCAAGUCAAUAUUACUCGAACAAUGAGUAAUCGUCUUGCACUUGGCAAUGUUUUCUUUUCGACGAAACAGCUCAUUCAAAAUGUUAAAGGUAUUCAAAAUGAACUUGCCAAACUCUACACAGACAAGGCCAUUUCGCCCAAGAUGAAUUGGCUUUAG